ACCUAAACCGUACCCGUGAACGCCUCUCGUAUUUUCGUUCCCGCAGUGUACACACCCUACACACAUACACCCGCGGUUAAGGUCGUGGACUGAAAUGAGUAGUAGUAGUACAUCCCGUCACCGUACCACUAUGAAUUCACCCUCUUCUAGGCCUCGCCCGCGCCAGGCCCAACAACCACGUGACUACGACGACGCAGUAGCGGCCGCCGCGUACCACAACAGCGGGAAAGCCCCGCGCUUCGACAGCCACGACGAUUUUUAUAAUUUCCUCGACAGCAAUCGAGGUCCCAUGUCCGGCCCAGGUGCGAACCAACCCCCUAGCGCAAACCACGGCGCUGCGAUGCAAGGCCAGCCCUCACAAAUACCCCCACUUCAACAACAACCACAACAACAGCAGCAGCAGCGAUUUAACCAGGGCGGCCAACCCAAUAACAGCCCUUCCCAGAGUAGACCGCCAUUGACAAGCUCGUUUCCCCCGCAGGGAGGAAACACUCCAAAUCAAUCGCGACCCCCCUCGUAUACAGGCAGCAAUCGUUCUGAGGAGAUGCUCGUAGCAGACCGCACCAGCGGUGACGGUAGAAUCCAGCGCCAGAAUGGCCGUCGCACCGGUCCUGGCAAACCCGUAUCAGGACCGCGACCACCAAGCAGCUCUGGCGGAUCGUCUCCCCCGCGAAACUCUACAGGCUACCCGCCGAACCACCCGCAGAUCCAGCAAGCCCAAGCUCAGGCCAAAGCAGCACCCUCGUCAUCGGACCCCAACUUAGCGGUCCCCAAUGCUAGCCUAGGCGCAUCCAUCCAGCGGCUUAAGAGCCCUAGUGUCAUGGAUUGCGUGCUGCAGCCGCUAAUGCAGAAGGUGCACGAGUACGCCGAAAUAAUGCACCGCGAGCAGGACGAGAUGGACCGUCUGGACGCAGAGAUUCGGGCGCUUCAAGAACGACGUGCCGAUGCGGAGACCCGGUUCUUAGAAGCUAAGGGCAAACACGACGAUUACCAACGGCAACAUCAAGACGUCGAGCGUGCCAUGCGCGGCGACCCAUUACCUCCUCCCACUCCGCGGGAGCAGCCCCAACAGCACCUGGCUCCGCUUGCGCGACAGCACACGAGGCCCAUGAGUUACCAAGAAGAAGACGACGAUGAUGAUGACGAAUUUGUACCUCCACCAUCAUCCCAUCGCCGCAUCAACUCCCAGCAGUCAUUUGGGCGGUCUUCGCAGAAACUGAAGGGAGGUCGGUUCCGGUUCAGUUUGUUCGGAGACAAAUGAGAUGGGAGUAGUCUGAUUUGAGAGUUAAUAUUCCAAGGGUAUCAAGAGUUCAACAAAGGGGUUGGAAUGACUGCCCAUGUAAUAAAGAUGGAAGGACCUAAUGAUUUAUGCUAACGCCUUCCACUACCACUGUAAUAUGAUGGCAUAAUGUUAACGACAAUUAGAGCAUGUGGGUGGGCGUCGUGGAAAAUGAGUUUAAGCUUUUUCAGACCCAUGGUAGCCGAAACCCCUCUAUG